AUGAAUCAGAGUGUUUCUCCCAAUGAAAGCUUAACGAUUGCAAGAGGAAGUGCGAGGACUGAUCGAGUAAAUCUAAUGCUACCUCACUCGGGUACUGCAGUUAUGUUUGUACAGAUGGAACUUUGUUCACGUACUCUAAAUGAUUAUUUUGCUGAACGAAAUGCCGAAAUCAGGCCGAAAAUAGAUCGACAGCUGAAUAGAAACAUUAUGAAGCAACUAAUGUCUGCCGUGACUCACUUACAUUCCAAAAAAAUUAUCCACCGAGAUAUCAAACCGAGCAAUAUUUUCCUUCGUAACGAGAGUUCUCCAAUUCCAUCUGUACUUUUGGGCGAUUUUGGACUAGCAUGCCUACAUCAAAGUAAAGUAGUUUACAGUGCUGCAGUUACUGAAAGUGAGACAACAACUACACACAGUUUAGGUGUUGGUACUUCCGUAUACGCAGCACCCGAACAACAGAAUUCUACUGUAUACGAUAGUGCAGUAGAUGUCUACAGUGCUGGAAUUGUGUUUUUUGAACUAUGUAUUCCAUUUGGUACACAAAUGGAGCGAUUAGAAGCUAUUGGGGAAUUGAAGAAAGGAAAACUAACCGAGGAAUUCAAUACUUCUUUUCCCGACAAGGCUAAUUUGAUUAAAGAAAUGUGUAAAGAAGAUUCACAGGAACGAAUUCAUGCUUUUGAAAUUACCUCUAAGCUUGGUAAAAUUGGAGAAAAUGUGGAAUCUCUUAAGAAUCGUAUCGAAGAACUUGAAAAAGAAAUUGUACGACUGAGGAACCUUUUACUCGAUAAUAAUAUUGCGGAAAUUUGA